GACUUAAAAGAGUCACAGCAACACCCAUUGUAAAUUUACUGCGGGGAAUACCGAUUUUCUUUCUAUAAUUGUGUCCUUCUUACGCAAUGUUCACGGAUAUUUUCGAAAGCAACUCAUGUGAAUCAACGAUUUUGAUAUGUUUCCCUUCAAUAUGGUGGAGCGAAUGUGGUACGUUUUGUUGUGUUUGAUCAGCAAUUCGCAACUUUUAUUGCCGAUACACUCGCACUCUCUACGGGACGGGUCGGGCAUACACGCCCGUGUUGUAGGCAAUAGCAAUGGCUCAACUGUACACAUAGUGCUGCAACGUUCGACUGUGGACACUGUCGCAGGGAAAGUGUGCCCGACGGGAUAUUAUGAGCAUUCCCGCCGCCCUGCCCGCAGGACUGGGAGGUCAGCGGCCGCUACUAUCGUCGGGCGGAGUGGGCCUAGGAGAUCUUCUACCAGUGGAAGUAGAAAACUACCCAAUGAAAACGAAGAUGAUAUUGUACCGCUGAAAUUGUGCGUAGCUUGCACUGUUUGCAGACAGGAUCAGACAACGAAACAACCUUGCACGCCAACACAGGACACAAUUUGCCAACAAUGUGGAAUAAACACGGAUACCGGUCCCUGCGUUCAUUAUGACCAAGUCAACAUCAAUCUUGCCACUCAUCCACCGAGGAAUGAUAAAUCAUCGAAUGUCCAAGUAACGCUUGACUUUUCGAAACCAGAUGAAGUCGUAGCGGAUAAAAGUGGGCAUGUACCCGCUCCGCAAGAUCUGAAUGUGAAUAUUUUGAAAGCGGGGAAGGACGAAAGGAAUUCUUGGUAUUUUCUAAGUUUAUGUGCGUUGAUCGGCCUGUUAGUAUUCCUGUCUCUUGUUAUGGGAGCUUAUCUCGUCUCUGUGAAGGUAACGUCCUGGUGGCGAUAUCAACGUCCUAUCACUGUUCGAAGGAGAGGUCAAAGCUACCACCCAGAAAGUAACCACAUAAACCUGACCACCUUUCCAUCUUCAUCUCAACAACGCUACGAUGACAUCAUACCAGGGUCAAGAGAGGUCACAAGGUCAAGGGAGGUGACCCCUCGAGAAGCCAUUAAGCUGGUUAGUGGGCCCGAGGUGGUUGCAGCGGGGCCUAGCACAGAGGGCAGUUACCCGAGCACGUCAGCAUCGACAUCAUCGGGGGCGCCAAAUGCUAAGAUCCAAGUGGUUCACCUCCGAGCUGGCGGCAGUGACUUCGAUUCGGUGGCGUCAUUUGAUUCCUUUGUGAUGGAUGGAAGGGGGUUCCCCAAGGCGCGGUACGUGGAUCGAUACUACACUGCAGGCUACAGCUGGGAUGGUAAUGUGAAUAAAGACUCUUCUGAUUACUCUUCGGACGAUGAUGACGACGAUAAUUGCGGCAUGGAGAGAGGUGCUAUCUUCUCGCCAUCGCGGCCGUCUGCCAUUCCCAGGACGGUGAGGGGGAAUCAUUUAUACCAGUCUCUCCCCUUGAAUGAGAGUGGUAGUAACGAUGGUGGCUGCAAGGUACACAUUGUGCAAUGGCCCUCAGCUGUAAGAACAGGUUACCACUCUCCCUUUCAGAUGUGCAUGAAUGGUGAGAGUAGCGAUCACUAUCACAGCGCCCCGACUCAGCGAUCCGUCGACGAUUUAAACAGAGGAUACCCUAGCGGGAAGCAUAAAACUUUAAUCGUUGAAAGCUCAAAUUGUAACACUUUUCCCAAAAAUUAUCAUCCCUUGAUGAACCUAAAAAGAGAGUAUCAUCACGAUCCCCAUUCUAUGUACACAACUCAAGAUGUGACUGGUACCAUAUCUCAGGAUUUGACUGGUGCCACUUCUCAGGAGGGAUAUCCCACAGAGUGCACCCCCCUCAAUCACCACUCUCAAUCCUUGUCAGAGAAUAGUAACCCUUCUCCAAAGCAAUCCACAGCUGCUUCGGCUGUAGCUGGAGGCCUGAAAUACGAUCACCGGUUCACUCACCCACCGCAAAGAACCACGUUGGAUGAUAGGGGGGCCGGCUACCAGACCUGUCAAAAUUUUCAUGAACAUCGGUCAAAAAGUGAGAAAAGCCAUUCAUACCCUCCUAUCGAUUGCCCGGGAACGUUUAAUGAGAUGUCGGGAGCAAACAAUGGCACGGACGGUCCCGCUCGGAAUGAAAAUUGCGAACCGCAUCCAGUAUUGCAGGAGGGCAACCCCCCAAACGUUGCAUCCACAUCUUGUACAAAUCACAAUACAGCUGACGAUCCAGAAAGGGCUCAACCUCAUAUGGAAUGAAAAUAUCUCAAUAUAUACAUGUAUUCUCUAGUGUCGAAAUGAAAUAAAUGUCAAAAAUGAUUGUUCUGCUUGAUAUGUAAUGUACUGAGGUCAAUUAAUACUUUAAAGAGGUAAUUGAGCAUCUGCAAUAAUGCAUGUAAAUGUUGUUCAAUGUUUAAUGAAUAUAUUUGACAUAAAAUCAAACCUACAGUAUACAAGGUACGUGUACAUGCAUGUUAGUAUGUUUGUGAUGUACUGCUGGCCUGUUGAUGAAAACUACAUGUAAUCGUACUACAGUGUGUAUCAAAAGAAAGGCUGGUCCAGAGGGCUUUUCAGAGAUUGUUCAAUAUUCCGAUUUAACUUGUAAACCAGCAUAUGAAAGAGCAACUCCUCAGCUUUUUAAUUGAUUCAGUGUUCAUAUUUUGUACCUGUGGCAUGUUCUAAAAUGGAGACAUCAUUGCGAUGUAAAUUUAUUAAGUGUAAUAUUAAUUAUUGAAUUAAUACAGUGUAGGAGAUAAAAUUUGACAGGUAGGGUGUACAUAUUUUCCCUCAUAGGACUCAGAAUUUCUUGCCUCUAGAGGGAGAGGUGGAUCAGAAGGUGCUUUUAUACCCUCUCAAUUCAAAGAAUAUCCAUGAAUUUCAACAAUUUAUUCAUGCCUCAAAAAUCCAAGUGAUUCUGCCUAUUUAAAUUGCAUCUUUUAGGAUCACAGCAAUCUGUUAAAGUCUAAUAUUGAAAAUAAGAUGCAAAAAUUGUGUUAUAUUAUUUAUUUUGCUUAAAACAGAGGUGAUAUAAAGUCCAGGACCAACACUGACCUUGUUUACAAUAAUCACAAGAUACAUGUUAUUAUAUUAAUAUAGACAUUAAACUACAAUUGAAAUGUGAAUUCAUACAAGACGACCAUAAUUUAUGAAAACCAGUAUACAUCAUAACAUGUAAUGUCAAGGAGUAAGAUUUUUAUCAAAGAAGCUAUACAAUCAUGGUAGUAGUGUGGGAAUGCCUCUGUCAAACAUGAAUAAGAUUAGUAAAGAAAAAGGAAAUACAGGUAUACAGAAAAGAUAUUUCCAAGAGCUAGCGGUUAUCGCAAGUUUGCCAAGGUAUUCUUUAUAUCAAUGACAUUGAAAAUUUCAGCCAACUAUGAUUACAUGUAUGAUGUUUUGCAAAUUCAGGGCCCCCGUUGCAUAACAGUAGGACUACAUAAAAGUUUUAACUUCGCAAUGCAAUUGUUGCAUGAAUCCUUGACUCUGAUUGGCAACGGGGGCCUGGUCCAAGAGAAUCCCAUGCGCUACUUGUAUUUGACCAUCUGAGAAGUAGAUGAACUCCUCGAUUUCAAGUUACUUUAAUACAAAUGUUUUGAUCAGGGGCCGUCUUAUAAAGA